AUGCCAGAGUUAUCUUUCUCUUCAUAUGAAAGGUAUUUUGAAUCCUCACAACUGAAUUUUUUUUUUUCAAUUCAUGAAAUUUUUUUCUCUAAAUUUUUUUCACUAGUUUCAUCUUCUGAUUUUUCUGGUAGAACAAAGUUAUCAACAGCAAUUACUCAAACACCUAACAUGUCUAUUCAAAAAAAGGGAAAUAAAAGAUCUGCUGAAAUAGUCGCUUCAAAACCGAACAAGAAGAGCAAGAAUGUGGAGCCGGCUUCUGAAUCAAAUUCUGAAACUGAAGAAUCAGCAUCAAAUAGUUCAGAAUCAUCAGAUACGGAAGACGAAGAUGAAUUAGAUAAAAUGGACGAUUCUGAAGAAGAAGAGGAAGAAGAAGAAGAAAGUGAUGAUGAAGACAACGGAGAGUCUAAGGACAACUUUGAUCCUAAUAAGAAAACUUCUAAGGAACAGCACGAGGAACAAAGAAAAUUGCUGAAGGAAAGAAAGACUAAAAGAAAAUCUGGAGUUGAAGUUGAAAGAAUCAAGAAAUUGUGGGAGAAACUAAGAGCUAAGAACCCACCAAUGCCAAAGGAAGUAAGAGAUAAACUAUGUGAUGAAGUAUGGAGUCUUUGUGAAGGUGUUUUGGGUGAUCUAGUUUUGAAGCACGAUGCAUCCAGAGUUGUUCAAACAUUAGUCAAAUAUUCUUCAAAAGAAAGGAGGGACAAAAUUAGUAAGGAACUAAAGCCAUAUUACUAUAAAUUAGCAACAUCUGCAUAUGGUAAGUUCCUAUUAAUUAAGCUUCUUCAUUAUGGUUCGAAGGAGUCUAGGGGUUUGGUCAUUAAAGAACUUCAUGGUAAAUUAAGAAAACUAAUGCGACACAGAGAAGGUGCUUAUGUUGUCGAAGAUUUGUUUGUUUUAUACGCAACAACAAAACAAAGAAAUCUAAUGAUAAGGGAAUUCUGGGGUUCUCAGUAUGCAUACUUUCCUAAUGAAAAUGACACGAGAAAUGUCAUUGAGGUAUGUGCAGAAUCAGCGGAAAAGAAGAAAUUAAUUGCUGGUAAUUUAUUUGGUACUAUUAAAGCUUCUGUUGAAAAAGGCUCUAUUGGCUUCCAAAUUUUACAUGCUGCUAUGAGAGAAUAUGUACAGAUUUUUGAAGGUCAAGAAGUCAGGGAUUUUAUUGAACUGGUCACUGAGCAAUUUGCUGAACUAGUGCACACUCCUGAAGGUUGUGAGGUUGCAUGUACUGUCCUAGCAAAAGCCACUGCUAAAGAAAGAAAGAGUUUACUGAAGAGUUUAAAGCCGCAUUCUGAAGCAUUAGCUAAUAAUGAACAUGGCCAAAUGGUUUUACAACUCAUUUUUAUGACAGUUGAUGAUACUGUUUUAAUCCAAAAGACCUUUUUAAAUGAAUAUGAAGAGUAUAUGGCAAAUGUUAUCACUGGUAAAAUUUCAAGAAGGCCAUUUAUCUACCUUUUAAAUGGGUUAGAUAAGUCGUACUUCUCACCAGCAGUGUUGAACGAUUUUGCCAAAUACAUGGAAAUGUCAAAAGAAACCUCCAAAAAGCCAGAGGAUGAAAGGAGAAGUCAAAUUCUAAAGUUUUUCUUGCCAUGCUUUUACAAAACUUUCUUGGAUUCACCAUAUGAUAUCUUGAAAGAGAAUGUUGGAGCUCAAUUUGUCCAAGAACUUCUCUUAAACAACCAAUUUCCGGAUAUUAGUGGUGAAUUAAGAACCAAGUCUAUUGACACAAUUAUUGAUUGUGUUCGUGGUGAUUUGACCAGCGAAGAGCAUUUAAUCAACAGAGCAUACACGCCAAGAUUGUUGAAAUUUCUCAUUCAAGGUGGUAAAUGGAACCGAGACACCAAACAGGUCGACGAAGUCGAGGGGAUUGAAUUGGGUCUCCCAUUUGCACUGAAAUUUGUUGAUGAGCUUUUCGAUAACGGUAAGGAUGCAGAUGCUUUGAUAAACUGGAUUUCUCAUAAAGAAAGUAGUUUUGUUCUUGUUGCUCUACAUGAUAAGUUCAAAUUCUCAAAGGAGAAGUUUGCUGCUGAAUUUAUAAAAGCACUAAAGAAACAAAACAAAACUAUUAAAAAACAGGGAGAGGACAAUAAAGGUGCUCAGUUGCUCCUCAAGGUUCUCAAUUAA